AAAAAAUCGGAAUCGUCUAUUCGUUGGUUAAUCUUUUCCCUCUUUUUUAUACGCAUCUUUAUCCACACCUACUAAACAAAAAGUUUUCAUUCACCCUGUAUUGUGAGAGAGAAAAGAGAAAAAAUAAUAUAAAAAAAGGAGAGAGAGUAAACGUAAGCAACAACAGCAACAUCAACAGGCAGAUUCUUUCUCUCCAUUUCUCUCUCUAUCUAUCUCUCUCUCCUUUUCAUCCAUAUCUGUCUGUUAUUCUGUUUUGGUUGUUUGUCAGUGUUUGACAUUAACUUAACAUCACGAUCAUCAUCAUCGCCAUCAGGAACAACAACAACAACAACACUACCAACAACAGCAAGACCCACAACACCAGUAACAGCAACAGGACCAGGACCAGGACCAGCAACAAUACACCAAUAAUAUUAAACGUUAAAGUAGUCAACAUUAUGAACCUCAACAAUCACCAUCUCAGCUCAUGUCAAACAUUAACCAUUGACAAUUGUAAUUUUCUUCAAUUAAUUGAAAAAGAAGAGAAACGUUUGGAUUUAGAAUGGCAAGAGGCUUACCGUGAGAUAACCCGGAUUGAAAGCUUAAUCAACAGUUAUACUGCUCAUAAAUUAAACCUUCUUGCCAAAUUGGAUACUAUUGAAUUAAAGAAAAGUGAAUGUGUAAAGAGGAAGACCAAGUUAAUCGGGGAAAUGUCAUGUCUACCUUUACCCAUUGACGAUUUUUCAGAUAUCCAUCGAUUCAAUAGUGAUGAUGAACUUCAAAAUUCAAGUUUAUGUUUACGUGAAAAUGGAAGUGAAACUGGGUCCAAUAGUUUUUCAAUGGAUAAUAUUGUUGCCGAUUUACUUCAAACAAUCAGUGAAGGAACCGGUGUUUCUGGUAAUGGCGGAGGCUCAAUCGGCUGUGGGAGCAGUUCAUUAGGUUCAACCGGUAAUGGAACCUAUGAAAGGCCAGAAUCAUCAAGCAGUGUAACCUUUUCUUCAGGCUCAUCAGAUUAUCCAGCAACUGUUGGCCGAAUAUCAUCGCCCCAAUCAACAGUGACCUUAGCAUCUUCAGCUACAACAAUCGGACCUGAUCUUCAUACUCACUCAAACCACCUUCAUCAUCGGAAUCAAAAUAACAACAACAAUAAUAAUAAUAAUAUCAACAACAACAACAACAUCAUCAACAAUAACAAUAAUAAUAAUAGUAAUAACCAUCAUCAUUCUGGUAAUGGUAUGAAACCAGUUACUGUAGCAUCAAUUGUGAGCAACAUAUCCGGAAGUAAUAGCAACGCCAGUAGCAUAAGUUCAGAAAAAAGUAACAACAACAUGAAUGGUCACCAUAGUAUUAACAAUUUGAAUACCAAUAAUAAUGGAAAUAACAUUGAGAAUGAGGAGUCAAGUUCAGCCGGAAGUAAUGUAACCUCUAGUCAAGUUGUCGGUCCUCCACCACGAUUCAGCUCUAAUCGUAGUUUCAAUACACAUAAAGUGCAAUAUAAUUCCGUCCUUACCCUGGAAACCUCAUCCAAUGGUUACGUUUACAAGGCUUUAAACGAUGGAACCGUAAUGAGAUAUAAAUUUGGUAAUCCUUCAGAUAACCAAACCUUUCCUGGGCACAAGGAAAAAGUCAAAGUUUUGGUUCUUGAUUCAAAAUCUCAAUUGCUUUAUACUGGCUGUGAUGAUGGUAAUGUUAGAUGUUUCAAUGCCAACACCGGUCAACUGUGUAACCAAUUUUCUUGUGAUGGUAUAGUUAUCAGUAUUGAUAGAUCAGUCGAUGAGUAUCUAGUUUUUGCUACCAAUAAAGGCUGGAUUUACCUGGUUAACCAUAAUUUUAAAUUAAUUUCCUCCCAUCGAACCUUUAAUUGGAUUUUUGCUGUUCGCAAUGUACUUCAUCCAUUCAAGGAUGGCUCCAAGCGUCUCUUGGUUAUCCCAAUGAAACACAAGCCAACCGUUGUCGAGGCAAUGUCCGGUAAAAUUUUACAAGAAAUUGGCUCAUCAACAAUUGAAAGUCGCCCCUGUCUCCAGGUUAACGGAAGUAUUGCCAUUUUAGCUUCAGUUGUUGACAAAUCAGAUAAUGGAACCUCUCAUAUAAAUGUUUAUGAUUCUGCAAGUAAUUGGAAGUGUAUUCAACUAAUUAAAAAGGAAGGAUUGAUAUCUUCAAUGUGUACUCAUGGACAUGAUCUCUAUGUUGGCAUCAAGUUUCCUUCCUAUGGACAUGUCCAAUGCUUUAAAUGGUCAAAUCGAUCUCUUUACCUUAAAUGGGUUGCCUGUAUUGCCUAUGUCCAUACACUAUCAGUUAUGCCCUCGGAUGUUCACAAUUUAUCUCUCAUGCCAUCCGAUAUCGUUCUUAAUGGUGGACCUGAUGGUAACGUUUACAAUACGACACCUAAUGCGAAAGGACCUUUUUUCUGUAUGAACAAAAAAUGUGAUUGUAAACUGCCUUUUGCCCGAAGAAAGGAUUUAGAUUUUCAUUAUUCCAAGCUUCAAUCAUCAUAAAGCCAACUUGUUCAGUAAACGGAGCCGAUUCUUGGAGAAGCGCAAAAAAAUCCUUUUGUGUUUCUCAUCAUUAGCCUGAUGACGAUGAUGACGAUGAUGGUGAUGAAGAAAAAGCAAAAAGCAAAAUAAUCUUAAGUCUUCAGACAAUAAAAUAUGUCAGUAAAAUUAUUGGCAGACUAAAGAUUGAAAGGAAAAGGAGAGUUACAAUGAGCACAUGACAACAGCUACAUCUACAAUAAUAAUAUCAAUCAAAAAAACGAUUUUAUCCGAAAAAUUAUUUAAAGCAUGGAAUUUUGUCCAAUUAAAUCAACAUAAUCAUCUUUUUGGUCUCUCUCAUACAAGCAUACACACACACACAAUCACAACACACUCAUACAUAAAGUACCAAAUUUUUUCAGCUCUUUUCAACUUACACUAAAGACUAUGAAAAAAAAGAAGAAAAAGAAACAAAAAAAGCAAGGCAACAAUUGAAUAUCAACACAAAUCAUCAACAAAAGUAACACAAGUAAACGAGCAAAUCAACAACCUCACCAAUUGGAAUGUCUUUCUGUUUUUUUCUAUUCUGGAAAAGUCUCUUUUACUCAUGAUACACCAACAAUACACACACAUGAAAGCACAUCACAUUUUUUGCUUAAAUCAGGCACAAAUUGAAACAUAGUCAGAUUGGUCUAAUUUUUUAAUCAAUUUUUUGCUCCUCAAAAAAAGUGUGUAAUCUCUGUUGGCAAAAAGACACCAUCAACAGUUCAACAAUCAACAAAACAUAAACUCUUUUCACACUUCCUUUUUGUUAUACAUCAACACUUAGCUUCAUCUUCCUUCCUCUUUCCUCUCACUCUCACUCUUGCUAUUUUUGUUUUUUUUUGUAUCAAUCUCUCAAUCAUAAUGCUUUAUAUUUGCAUAUAUACAAAUUUGUCUACGUAUAUGUUUGCAAGUUCACUGUCUCUCGACACAUCUUAAGCCUUUUUGCCCUUCUCUUCGUCUUUCUCUAUUCCUUUGUUUCUCCUCUCCUUUCCCCGAUUCAGUUACCAAUCAUAAUAUAUCCCUUAAUCAUUGUCAUCAUCUUGAAUUUUGUCCUCAAAAUGUUGACUGAAUGGUUGCUGAUUGUUCCUAUGAAAAAAAAACACAAAUCAUCACCAUCAAAGCCUAAGACGAUUGAUUGCUUUCGAUAUUUUGGAUCAAUUAUUUUGUCCAACUAAACCAAUUUUGACCAUCUAUUUUUUUUAAUCAUUGAACAUCCAAACACGCAACAAACACAAUUCUCAAUCAUGAGAAAUAUUGAAAUAUUGUUAACUCUCAAAUAAUCAAAGACAAUGGUUGAUGUGUGAUAAUAGUGACUCUUGUUUGAUUUUGUUUUUUCUUGUGAUAUCCUCAUCAACCAAAUCUUUGAUUGUUUUAAAUGAUCAUCGGAAGUUGUGUCUUUGAAUUGUAAAAAAAACCAACCCACAACAGUUAACCAAAUCUGGUUAUUGUCCAAGCUUUGUUAAAACUGUUGUUAUAACUCUUGAAAGUUUUUGUUCCCCAAAUUUUGUGAUUUCUCUCUGUAAUUUUUCCUUGUAAUUGUUGACCAUCAAGGCUUUAAUUAUAGAGAGAAAACCCUUUUCAAAUGUCAAUUUUCUGUCACCCAAUCUUACGCUUUUUAAUCACCAAUUGCCCUUUGAUGAUUCCAUCAUCACUUGUACUUUUAAGCAUUUUUUCGCAAGUUAUUCUUGCAUCUCUAAACCAACCUCGUUUUUUGCUAAUAUUUUGCAUUUUGUUUCAGUAAGCUGUUCCCCAGCUCAACCCUUUUUCACUUCUCAUAUAGAUACCAAUAUUGUUUUUUGACCAAUCUUUUUGCUCUUUCUCGGUGACAGAAACAUUUGACAUGAAAAUCAAAUUACUAUUUAUUGAUCUAUUAUUAUUAUUAUUGAAAAUAUUAUAUAUUGUAAUGAAUAACUUGCUAAAGAUGAUAUUUUAAUGAUUUCAUGACUGAUCAAUUGUUUGUUAAUAAUGGUAAUUGUUUACUCGAUCAAUGGAAAUUGUCAAUCGUCAAGCAAAGAAAAAACUGUUUUGUGUUAAUGGUGAUAAAAAAACUUAUGAGGAAAACAACAAAUUUUAUGUAAUUACUAUUAUAUGGUACCAAUUGCUUCACAAUUGAAGUUGCUUGUGAUACUCUAAUUGUUCUCAUUUUGCUAUUAUCUUAUGUCUUUCUCCCAUUUUGAA